AUGGCGUCGUUGGUCGGCGCGGCGGGCGCCUACUGCGAGGUGCGCUGGGUCGAGGGCGGCCUGCUGCUGAAGACGGCGCGGCUCGCGCUGCAUCCCAACGACGACGCCGCGCGCGUGCGCUCCUUCGCCGCCGAGGCCUUCGGCAUCCCGCUGGCGGACCUGCGCGUCUCCGGGCCCGGCGGCGAGCACGUCGACGACGACGACGUCUGCUGGCCGCGGGACGCGCGCGGCGCGGCCGUCGUCGUCGCCGAGGAGGCGCCGCCGGACCGGCCGCGGCCGCCGCGGCCCGUCGUGACGGCGUCCGGGUGCGAGGUCCGCGUGCGCCGGCCGCCCGACGCCGGCCCCUUCGCCCGGCUCGCGCGGGGCCAGCGCGCGAAGCUCCACCUCGUCGGGCGCCUCGUCGGCGGCGGCGGCGGCGUCUUCGAGGCGACGCGGAGCCUGCGGGCCCGCGCGCCCUUCGAGGCCGAGGUCGGCGGCGGCGGCGUCAUCGCCGGCCUGCGCGAGGCGCUCGAGCUCCUGGGCCUCGGCGCCGUCGCGGACGUGCGCGUGCCGGCGGCCGCGGCCUACGGGGACAACGAGGUCGGCAAGGACGGCCGCACGAUCCGGAAGCGUUCGCCCCUCGACUUCGAGGUCCACGUCGUCGAGGUCGACGGCGUCGCCUGCGCGGCCCCGGGGCCGCCGCCGCGCGCGGCGCUCCUCGAGGCCUUCCCCCCGCACCGGCCGCAGUGGAUCGGCCGCUACGCGCUGCCCGGCCCCUUGCCCGAGUACGUCUCGUUCUGCGCCGUCGCGGCGCGCGCGGGCGGCGCGGCGCGCGUCGGCGUCGACGACGUCCCCGGCGGCGCGCUUCCCCUGCCGGCGCGGGCGCCGCGGCCCGGCUGGGACGGGUCCCGGGGCGCCGGCGACUGCGGCGUCUACCGCGACGGCUUCCGGCGCGGGUGGCGGGCCUGGGGCUGGGACGACCUCGGCGGCGGCCCCGCGGGCGACGCGCGCGUGCUCUCCAAGUGGCGCGCGCCGACGCUGCGCACGGACACGCUCCGCGAGAGCCCCGUCUUCGAGAGCAGCCUCCGCGAGUACGUCGCCUACGCGCGCGCCGUGGAGCGCUACGACGGCGCCUGCGACGUCCGCAAGCACGCGUCGUGCCCGCGCUGCUACCUCAACGGCCUGCCCAUCUUCAACGUCGCGCCGGCGCUCCGCGGCGACGUCGACGACCGCCCGGCGUGGCUCGCGGACGACAGCGAGACGCUCAUGGCGGCCUGGGACGCGACCGUCGCGCGCGCGGUCGGCAGGCCCGCGGCGCCCGACGCGGCGGACCUCGCGGACCGGUCCUGGUCCCUGACGAAGGUCUUCGUCGCGCCGCCGGGCGCGAUCACGCGGCUCCACUACGACAACGGCCACGCGCACGCCUGUGCGCACGCGUGGCUGUCCAUGGUCAAGGGCCGCAAGCUCUUCGUCUGCUUCGACCCGAAGGACGCGGAGCACCUCCACGCGAUCCCCGGCGACGACGGCGUCACGCGCAACAACAGCGACGUCGACCCCCUCGCGCCGGACCUCGACCGGUUCCCGGGCUACGAGCGCGCGACGCCGCUCGUCGCCGUCCUCGAGGAGGGCGACACGCUGCUCGCGCCCGCGGGCUGGUGGCACUACGCCGUGAGCCUGACGGCGUCGAUCAUGGUCAUGCGCAACUUCUGGUCCGCGGACACGAACGGCACACUCUGGCUCGCGGACCAGCGCGCGGCCUUCGCCGCGCGCGUCGCCGCGCUCCGGGACGCGCAGAAGAAGGGCGCGGACCACGCGCGGGCCCUCGGCCUCGACCCGGCGUCGCCCGAGGCGAAGCUCCUCGUCCAGGCCCACCUCGACGCGGCGAAUAAGUGAGUCCGGGGGUCGCUGCAAUAACGUCACACUCAUGAUCUGUGCAGAGAUGGUGCCGCUUCGAAUUUAUCAGCAUGUGCGAGCGCGAGCUCGCGUUCAUUGACCUGACGCAGCGGCAGCUUGCCUCGGGUGGCGACAUUGAUGAACUCGUUUUGUUGUCCAGGGAUUACGGCCA